AUGGUUUACUUUUUGCAAAAUGUGACUGCUAUCAAUGCCAUCAAGAUUGGUAAAACUCUUGGUCCUCUGUUGGAAGUCGAAAAUGGCGAGGUACCAGGUAUUAUUGGUCGCCAUCAUUUGCGUAUUAAAGUCGAGAUUGACACCUCCAAACCUCUUGUUCCAGGGUUUCAUUUCCCUCGGCUGGGAGUUGAUCCUAUCUGGAUAAAUAUGGACAAGAGUUGGAUGACGAAGUGGAGAGGCUCGAGGGAGUAUAUGGAAGGGGCCGAAGCGUUCGUGAAGUAUCCAAUUACGAACUCCAGAAUUAAAAAUUCAAUUGUGUGUCCAUACAGGAAGUGUGGCUUGAACAGGAGCUUACAGCCAGAAGAAGUAUAUGACCAUUUGACCGGUGGAAGGGAAAUUAUGCCUAAUUACACUGAAUGGAUUUGGCAUGGGGAGAAGAUUAGGGCUCCUGUACCUAAUAAAGUACCUAUUGUUGAAUCUCCCAAGAUGGCUCUGCCUACAAAUAAUGUACCAAUACCUAACGAGUCAAGAACGAUACAGUUCAUGUUGCAAGAUGUUUUUGGCAUGCAUAAUAUUCGGGCAGACGAUUGUGAGUGUCAAGUGGAAGUGCAAGCCGAAUAUGUACCUGAAGCAGUUGAUGAAGAAAUCGAUGAGAGUGCCAAGAAAUUCUACAACUUGGUUCAGGAUGCAAACAAGCCACUUCAUGAUAAAACACAAUAUAUCAAACUGUCAACUAUUGUUCAUCUAUACAACUUGAAGUGUAUGGGUGGAAUCAGAAAUACGAUUUUCAUAUCUUUGCUUGAGUUCAUCAAUGAGAUAGUACCAAUAGAUGAGCCAGCUUUGCCUAAAAGUAUGUAUGAGACAAAAAAAUAUUUAAGAGACUUGGGGCUUGGAUAUGAAAAGAUUCCGGCUUGUCGAAAUCAGUGUAUGUUAUUCUGGAAGAAAAAUGAGAAGUUAGAUACAUGUACAGUGUGUGGAGCAUCAAAGUGGAAGGACGAAAUUACUAAAGAAGAUUGGUCAUCCCAAACAUCGAAGAGACGGUCGAUGAAGGUGUUGCAAUGGUUUCCAUUAGCUUUAAGAUUGCAAAGGUUGUAUAUGUCACAACAUACCGCUUCCCACAUGAGGUGGCACGCUGACGGGCGCACAAAAGAUGGUGUGUUCAGGCAUUCGGCAAACGGUGAAGCUUGGAGAGCAUUUGAUACACUACACCCAAACUUUGCAUCAGACCCACGGAAUGUUAGGCUUGGUCUAGCGUCGAAUGGUUUUAACCCUUUUGGGAACAUGAGCACAAGCCACAGUACUUGGCCUGUCAUGUUGGUUCCAUACAACCUACCUCCUUGGAUGUGCAUGAAACAACAGUAUUUCAUAUUAUCUAUGAUUAUUCCAAGACCAACUGCACCAGGAUUGAAUAUAGAUGUCUGCCUACAACCUUUAAUAUCAGAGUUACAUGAGUUGUGGAAUGUAGGGGUACAGACAUAUGACAUAUCCAUGAAGAAAUCAUUUGUUAUGCGGACAUCAUUGAUGUGGACAAUAAAUGACUUUCCAGCAUAUGCAGUUUUAUCUAGAUGGAGUACUAGGGGUCCACUGGCAUGUCCUUAUUGUAUGCAUUCAACGGGGUCAACAUGGUUGACAUACAAGCGUAAAUAUUGUUAUAUGGGGCAUAGGCGAUGGUUGCCUGCCGAUCAUAAGUGGCGAUAG